UCACAAGGUCACCCGACAUCACAAGGUCACCCGACAUCACAAGGUCACACAAGGUGCUACUGCUGCUGCUGGAAGGCAACUUGCUGUAACUGAAUAGUAUGGCGUUCCGCGAGCUGGAAGAGUCGGACAGGGUGUACGCGCGAGAGUAUGCGGUGCAGGAACAGUCGACUCUGCGGUAUGUGGGCUGGGCUAUGGAGAAGAAGAGCAAUGAGGAGAAGGAGCGGCUGGUGACUCUGACCGGCCAUCACCUGACGGUACACAAGGAUCUCGGCCGCAAGGGCUUCUCCGUCAAGCGCUUUGUGCACAUUCUGGACAUCACCUCGGUCACGACUUCGUCGUCGUUCCAGCUUGUCAUGGGCACGCCGACGCUCUCUGUCGACCACGUGACGCUCGAGACGGCGACGCUUGACGAGCUGCUGACGGCGCUGCUGGUAGCGACCGACGAGGUGACCCGGUCAUGGCCGCGGACUGCGCGCCUGUGGGUUGAGGUCCUCGACGACGUCAAGAUCCCCAAGGUGAGAGAGAUUGUGGCGCGGUGGGAGCACCUCGACUCGCACCCCAGCGAGCGACGCGUGGACCAGGACAAGGAGGCGUUCCGAGUCUCGCUCGCGGCGUGCGCCACACACUCGGGCCUCUCGUCGGCGCUGGCCGCCAAGAUGGCCAACCUCAUCGCCGGCCACUGCUUCCCGCUGGCGGAUGACGACGAGGAUGCCGAUGGCGAGUCGAUGGAGGGCCCCCAGGGUGCUGCCCUUGUCCUCUCGACACUCUCGUCACCCAAGGGCCUCAACAUGCAGGCGCUGUCCAAGGCGCUCGCGCACUCGUGCUACGUCCGCGCAUUGGAGCUCGACGGCCUGGACCGCCGCGACGCGCUCACCACGCUCGCGCCUGUAUUUUGCUACAACGAGACACUGCACACGCUGCAGGCGUCAAGUCUCGGGGCACGGGCCGGCUUUGUGGAGGUCGGGCGGGCGCUUGAGGGAUCGCUUGCAGGCUCGGCGCUGGCUGUGGUCAAUCUCUCCAACAACCACAUCGACAACAAGGCCAUGCACGCACUGGUGGCCGGCCUCCUCACCUGCGAGUCGCUGCGGUCGCUCGACCUCUCGAUGUGCAACAUCUCGACCAAGCCAUUGUGGCGCUGUUCAGCGGGCUGGAGAACACGCCUGCGCUCGCUCUUGAGGCGCUCAACCUCUCGGAAAACCGCAUUUCCAAGGCCGGGACCAAGGCGCUGGUCUCGUACCUCGAGAGUGGGAACGUGGACAAGCUCUCUACCCUGCUGCUGGGCAACGCCGGAGUCGACCUGGAGGCACUCGCGGUGGGCCUCUCUGCGGCUAGCCCGACGCGGGCGCUCCUCACGCUCGACAUCUCUCAGACCGAGGUGAAGCCCAAGGCGGCGCACGCAAUCUCUGCUGCGCUCUCGUCGUCGUCUGUGACGGACCUGGAUGUGUCGUUCAUCAAGGGCUCGACGGCGACGGUGGUGGCUGGCCUCUCCGAGCUAGUCCUCGCCAUGGUCUCGCAGCCGACACGCAAGACGUCGCUUCUGACGCUCGACGGGCUCUCGCUCGGUUCGUGCCCAACAGUGCUCGCCGAUGCCUUUAUGACCUCGCGGAACCUGCACUCGCUCUCGCUCGAGGACGCCUCGCUCACGCCGUCUGCGCUCUGCAUUCUGGCGACCGCCCUGCAGUCGGUCGAGUCGCUGCGGUACCUCUCAAUCUCGCGCAACCUCAAGGUGAAGGUCAAGGACAAUGCGGGCGCACUCGACGCGCUGGCGGCCCUGGUCGACAUGGUCCCGCUCGAGUCGUUUGUACUCCAGGGCGGACCUUCCAAGUACCGGCUCGGGCACGAGACCUGCGUCCCGCUGCUGAACGCGUUUGAGACUUCGGCGUCGCUCACCGAGAUCGACGUCUCCGGAAUGGGGCUGGGCGACCAAGGCGCAUACGCGCUGGCCCGGGCAGUCCAGUCGCCGAGCUCAUCAAUGGUCCUGCUGCUGGCCGACGACAACGAGUUCUCGUUCUCGGGCCUGCACAAGCUCUUCCGCGCGGUGGGCGCCUCCAAGACCAUGCUCCAGUUUCCGCUCCCGCAGGUCGACCUCUCGCGGUUCUCGUCGGCCAAGAGCGUGGAUCCUGCCCAGAAGCAGACGCUCCUCCACGACAUUGCCAUGAUGGACGACACGCUCGACGCUAACGAGCGCGGGUUGGCCCGGGCCGGGAAAGCCGCCGACUCCGACGCAGCCGAUGCCGCCACGGUGGAAGCAAGCGCGUCUGACUCGGCCAGCUUGUCGACGUCGAUCGAGGGCACUCGGGUCCAGGCGGUGAUCAGCGGUGAGACGCGGCGGCGCGGGUCGUCAGGCAGCUCGGCAUACGGCAAGAUCCAGCUCGGGCGGCGCGACCGAAGCGACUCGACCAUCUCGCUCAUCAACUGCGGCAUGCUGCGGCGGGAGGACCUGGCAGCCGGUGAGUACGAGGGCCUGGGGCUCGGGCCGGAGCUCGGCUUUGUAGGCGUGAGGCAGAGCGUCGAGUCGUUUGACGACGAUGAAGUCCACCGUAUGCUAGCCGACGACGACGAGCGCGUCGGCUCAAUCCGCGGCGGUGAGGCGUCGCAGGUCGUGCCCGCGCCGCCGCCGCUGCCCGAGUUUGAAAACUCGUUUGCCAACCGGACGCGCCGGCGGACCAAGAACCGAAUGAUUCUCAAGGAGAAGCGCGCCAAAGCGCGCGCAUCGCGCGGGCGCGAAGUCUCGUGCUACUCGAUGACGCUCUCGUCGCGCGACGCCGAGGUUGUGCGGCGGUCAAUGUCGGGCUCGUCGAGCUCGCUACAGCGCGAGCUCGACGCGCUCGAGAGCGCCGGGCUCGACGUGCACGGACCGUCGUACGCGCCAGUUGUCUCAUCACCGCUAGUCUCGUCGGUGGUGAGCACUGCCGGCCAGUCGCCAAUCGUCUCGCCGACGGUGACGGCCGACUCGCUCUCGGACGACGACGAGCUCAUCGACCUCAAUGAGGCCGCCGCAGCCGGGAAAAUCGCCGGCCCGCCGCGGCCGACCUCGAGCUCGACGGCGGUAGCGGCUGAGUUUGCCGAAGCCAUGGAGUCGGUCAACGCCGCCCUCUUCCCACCCGACUCGCAGGAGCGGCUCUCGCGGAUCCGGGCCAAGGGCUCGCUGCAGAACCUGCCACUUCUCGACGACGCCUCGUCGUCGCACCCGUCGUCGCCGGCCGGCUCGUUCACUGGCUCGCCGCCGGUCUCGGCCGGUACAAGCCUCCGCAAGGGCUCCUCGUCGUCGCUCAACAUCGACGUCGACGACGACGUCGACGCCGACGUCGCAGCCGAGCUGGCAGACCUAGAAGGCAUGGGCCACUCGACGCUCAAGCGCGAAAAGGUCAAGCUCAACACCCAGUUUGAUACCAUCCGCCGCAACGCUAUCAUGCAAGAGGCCGAGGAUGAGCUCGCCGACCUGCUGUCGUAGCCGACAUAACUCUGUGAAACAAACCCACCUCAACGCACC